CUGCUGUCUCUGCUGGCCUUCAUCUGUGAAGAGGUUGUGUCCCAGUGCACGUUGUGUGGAGGCUUGUACUUCUUUGAAUUUGUGAGCUGUAGCGCCUUCCUCCUGAGCCUCCUUCUGCUGAUCGUAUACUGCACACCAGUGCACGACAGAGUGGACCCUGGAAAAGUCAAGUCCUCGGAUUUUUACAUCACUCUGGGAACAGGCUGUGUAUUUCUGUUGGCAUCUAUCAUUUUUGUUUCUACCCAUGCUGGGACCUCAGCUGAAAUUGCUGCAAUUGUGUUUGGGUUUAUAGCAAGUCUGAUGUUCCUACUAGACUUUGUGGUCAUGCUCUGUGAGAAACGGCAAGAGAGCCAGCUGAGAAAGCCUGAGAACAACGCCAGGGCUGAAGCCCUCACCGAGCCGCUCAAUGCUUAGGUCAGGAGCAGGCGCUGCAGACCAGAGGAGUGCUCCUUCCGUGGGACCUGUGUCGUGUGUGCACCUCGUCUGUUGGAGAGAAGGGAAGGGACAGGAGGGCGGCUUCUCACUGCAACUGCGGGGUGGCAGCCCUGCCAGUUAAAGCUCAGAGGAGUUUAGUAACUGUUGGAACUUACCUUAAAUGGAGGAGGUUGUGGUGGUGUUUGUUUGUUUGUUUGUUUGUUUGUUUGUUUUUAAAGACAAGGACUGUGGUCUGUGAAUUGCAUGUCUGUUGUUUGCUACAGGCUACACCAGGGUUAGCUUCCAGACCGUUCAUUCUCCAUCCUUUCCGGAACUGUUUCAUUUUAAAGUCAUUUGCUUUGCUAUUAGUUUUUGCUGGUUAAAUUCUGUUCUGUUGUUGGAGAUUUAAUUGUGUUUAAGGUGUCGGUGCAGGCUUCCUUCCCUAAUAAUAACCCUUGUCUUUAUCUCACUCAGCCUUACACUUAUGUGCUGACUCCCAAAGGCAGUUAUUUUUGUUCUUUCUGAUCCAUGCAUUGCCUAACAGAAAAUGCAUAGUGGUGGUGAUGUGUAUAAAAGCAACAGUAUCAGCCGCCUUUGGUUUUUACAUUGCACUCUGGUUGUUAAGAUUAAGUUUAAAAGAAAAAAGACUGUUACAGAAUACAGAAAAAUUGAAGAAACUGAUACUACAUCUAAAGACCAAAGAUAGAAUAGACUCUGUGUCCUGUCCAGGGGACAUAAUUGCACAGAUAGGCCUUCACCACCUGGCAGUGAGUGGAGGGUUGUGCUGUGUGCACACACAGAAACAUCUGAUGGUGGUUGUGUUGUGUGUACACACAGAAACAAUGGAUGGUGACUGCUGCGUGCACGCACGGAAACACAGUUGAUGGUAACUAUGCUGUGUGCAUACACAGAAACAGACAGUUGAUGGUUCAUCCUGUGAGUUGGGAACUGGGUCUCCCUCCUGGCAGGCGGUCCUUCCUGCUCAAGGGCACACUGCUCUGCAGGCUUCUCCUCAGAGUCCUGGUGGGCUUGCUCACCCACCUGAGUCUCGAUGGUCGCUGGGCCGCAUCACCAUCUUCAGAGGAAGCCUUCACUCUUGCUCUUUCCCUUGUCUCCUCACUCUAGUUCAUUGUCAGCUAUCUCCAGGCUGGCCAGAGUGUUGUGCUCUCCUUGUCACCAAACGAGGCAGGAAUGUCGAUCAGAUAGAUUCUUGUUCCCACAGGCCUCUGCUUGAGUUUCUCUCCAGGGGAGGUGUCUUGAGAAAGCGGAUCCUAGAGCCCCUGCUAGUGAAUACUGUUGGUAGUAUAAGGAGGCUACAGACUGUUCCAUGCUUUGGAAGGAUUGCUUGUUGCUGCAAGGCUAUCUUAGAGCCACUGGGGCACCUGUGUGCCCAAAGGGAACCUUUCUUUCUUGUCUUCCUUCUGAGGUUUGACUGAGACUCGGAUAUGUCAAGGCCUCUGCCCUAGUGGAGGUUUCCCAGGCUGGGGUUUCUCUCUGAAGACGUGCGAUCAUGUUUCCAGGGAUUUUCUGUGAAGUUCCCCCUCCUUUUCAGUUUCUUGUCUGCCAUUGUACAUGGUAGAUGGUUUUGGUUACAUGAGUGAGGCUAUUACAGUUCUCAGAAGUGGAUGAAUCUGCUGUUACUGACUCACUGCCUGAUCUGCUGGGUUACCUGCUUGGGAGAUCAUGAAACCAAUCAUGGAUGUUGCCUCACUGGGCAUUCCAUCUAAGAGAAAGGACAGUAGGCUCUUGAAACCAAGAAUAGAAUAAUUCAAAAGGAACCAGUUUAUAGCAGACAAUUUUAGAAUUUUACAUCAAGCUGUGCUAUGGUCUGGAACUAUCAUCUAGACCUGUUGAGAAUUAACAGCAAAUCAGGGCAGCUUUAGUGUAACUAUUAGUCAGCUGUUUGGUAUUGUAACAAAAUACCUGUGACAGUCAACUUACAAGAGGAAAGGUUGGGCCUGGAGAGAUGGCUCAGAGGUUAAGAGUGCUGCUUCUUUCUCUUCAGAGGACUGAGUUCUGUUCUCCAGUGCCAGCAUGGGAUGGCUCUCUACUGCCUGAUACUCUACCACCAGGGGACCCAGUGUUUUUGGUCUCUGGCACCCAAACAUGUAUGGCAUACAUUCACACAUACAUAAAGUAAAUCUUUAAAAAAAAGAAGAAAGAAAGAAAGAAAAAGAAAAAAGAGGGUUUGUCUUGCUUGCAGUUUUGUAAGCUUCAGCCCAUGGUCAGUCCUGUUCUGCUAGAUGGCAGUACAUCAUGGUUGGGGCUUGGUAGAGUAGGCUGCUCAUGCUGUGCAUCCAGGAAGCGAGGAAUGAGUGGGUGGGUGUGACUUGAGGUCCUGAGUUCCCUUUGGAGGGUACGCCCCACUGACCUAAGACCUCACACCAGGUCCCACCUCUGAGGGUUUCUGCCAUCUCUCAGUAGUGCCACCCAGGCCUUGGGAACAACUCAUCCCAACAGUGCACCUCUUUGCCAGUGUUGGGCUUGUUGAGGAUGGACAGACGUACUCUGGCCUGUCUCCACACAUGCAGAACUUAGCAUCUAGUUGUUUACUGUGGGUUUGCUUUGUUCCACAGCUGAGGGCUUCCUUGACUACUCCAUUUCUUCCUUGUAAGAAGAUAAUUUGGUCACUAUUAGAACUUUCUCUUUUGGGGGAUCUGUGACUGGUUGACUUCUGCAUCCUCUGGGGAGUGGGGGGAUGGUGUGAUGGGGUUAAAGACUGUGGCACCAAAUCAGCUCAACAAGAGCUGGGACCAGAGACUGUCAACACAGAAAAGAUGUCUUUAUUAGCAGCUCUAGCAAAUUUGAUUUGCUGUAUUUUAUACAAAUUGUUUAGAAUGAGUUUUGAGACUUAGAAGGGAAAUAUAGCACAAGACUUCUAUAAUUACUAUACUUAAAUUAUGCUUUAUGUGGGGACUGGGAAAUGUAUGUUUACAUUGCUUAUAUCUGAUCACUUUUGUAUUUGUUGAUUUAAAACCUGUGGGUCUUUUUUAUCACUCUUAAUAUAACUUUUAUAAUCUUUUAAAAUAAACUCUCUUAAUUACAGUGUG